AUGAAGCAGCUGCAUCUGUCUAUGUUUCUCUUCUGCUCUCCUCUCAGAGGCUUCUAUUCUUUUCUGCUUUCUCCCUUGCGCUUCGGUCAAGAAGGAGGUGGUGACAACAAUCCAGUUGUUGCUUCCAGGAGUUCCGGCUAUUCCGGUGGUAUCAGGAGUCUCGCAGUGUCAUUCCCGGCUUUUCACUGGGCCUCUCGACCUCUUUAUGCUCAUUCCAUGGGCCAUAAAUCCCGAAAUGAUGGAGUGAAGUCGGCCGUUUUGAUGUCUGACGUUGAAAAAAGAGUCGAAGUAGCAAAAAGGCACAUGAUAUCAAGUCUUGGCGCCUUCUCAUCCUCCACCUUGUUCAAUGAAUGGACGCUCUAA